CAACAAAGCACAUCGAUUAUAUCGGCACCAAAGUAGCAAAUAUCGCCAGGCACUCGCAGCUAGGUUUAGACAUCAGUUUAGAACUUUGGGGGAGAGAGAGAGAGACGACAGAGAGGGUGAUGUGCGUGCAAGGUCGAGGAGAGAGGCGGAGACGACGAAUCGAUCAGAAAGACGCGGAAAAAACGCUGCAGGUUGUACAAACACCCCACCCUCCCCCCACUUCACCUCAUUAUACUCCAUCCCCCACCCGGCACAUCACUCUCUCUCUCUCCAGCACGCAGAGAUAUAGAAACAUACGUUACAAGGACAACAGUAAACAUCACGCCACUCGGGGAGAGCCUUCUACAGUUAGAAAGAAACUUUUAGCGAGAUUAGGCUCCGUGCUCUGGCGUGGUAGUGGAGGUACCUGAGAUAUCAGAGCGAGGUGUAACAGUCUCACUCCUUGAACGCUCCGCAGUUGGACACGGCAUACCUUGUUCUCAAAGCCCUUUUUGUCCUUUCUCUUGUUUUCUCUCCCUCUCUUGUUCUUUUAGCUUUGUAUUUUUUAGGUCUUCCUCAUUUUAUCUUGUGCCUCCCUCAUUUGCUCCGAGAGAGAGAGACAUGGGUAGCGUUGGCGAUCUACAAGGGGCUAAUUUGAGUGCCACCGUUUCGGAAAGUGACAGCAGAGCACGUAUGGGCGGUGGCUUGCCUGCUGAUCAAUACGACCAAGGAGAGAGAGAUAUAUUGGACGCUAAACUGUGGCAUGCCUGUGCGGGCCCUCGUGUCUACGUUCCGCGUCCUGGGGAAAAGGUCUUCUACUUCCCCCAAGGUCACAUGGAACAGGUUGAGGCAUACACCCAACAAGAUGGUAUGAGGGAAAUGCCAAUUUACAAUGUACCUUCUAAGAUCCUCUGCAAGGUUGUUAAUGUUCAUCUAAAGGCUGAAGCUCAAACAGAUGAGGUUUUUGCUCAAGUUACUUUGCUUCCAGAGCCAGAGCAAGACAGGCUAAUUUUGGAGGAUGAAACUGCUUUGUCAUCACCUCCAAGAACCAGUGUAUGUUCCUUUGUCAAAAAACUCACUGCCUCUGACACAAGCACACAUGGUGGAUUCUCUGUUCGUAAGCCACAUGCUCGCAAGUGCUUCCCACCUCUGGACAUGUCUCAGCAACCACCAGUACAAGAACUGGUCGCUAGAGACUUGCAAGGGCUUGAAUGGAACUUUCGCCAUGUUUUCCGUGGUCGACCAAAGCGACACUUGCUCACCAGUGGUUGGAGUACCUUUGUGACUGCAAAAAAGCUUGUUGCUGGUGAUGCAUGCAUCUUCCUUAGAGGAGAGAAUGGGCAACUUCGUGUAGGGGUUCGCCGUGCAGUUAAACUACUAAAUAAUGCCUCAGCAUCCGUCAUAUCUGGCAGCAGCAUGCACCAUGGUAUACUUGCCAGUGCUUCCCAUGCUGUUUCUACUGGAACUUUGUUCACAGUGUACUAUCGCCCUUGGACAAGUCCUUCUGAAUUUAUUAUUCCUUCUGAGCAAUAUAUGAAGUUAUCUAAAAUUGUCUAUUCUGUGGGAACGAGGUUUACAAUGCCAUUUGAAGGGGAAGAAUGUUCAGAAAAGAGAUUUUCAGGUACCAUAGUUGGUGUUGAAAAUAUCGAUUGUAUUAGGUGGCCUGGUUCAGAAUGGAGAUGUCUGAAGGUGCAAUGGGAUCGCACAUCAGACACAUUCUUGCUGCAACCUGAAAGGGUUUCCCCUUGGAACAUCGAGCUGAUAGAAUCAACUAAUAAGAAGCCCACUUCUACAAUAUCUGAACGAAAGAGGACACGAUCAAUUAAUGCAUCAUUGCCUGGGUUUUCUAGCUUGACCAGAGACGGCUUAUUUCAUGGUUCGAUUGGGUACGCAUCUAAAAGACACAAAGAGGUCUUGCAAGGUCAAGAAAACAAGAAAACCAGUGGUCAAGAACUGGAUGCAGAAACCCUACCAACAAUACCACAUUUGUUACCCUUAUCAGAUCCUGAUUGGUGCCACAGACUAAUGGGAUUGGAGAAUAAACCAUGUUUUCCAAUACAUGAUCACUUUCAUCAACAUAACCGUAGCACAAUAUCAUGUCCUGGUGGAAAUAUAAUGGCUCCUUGCCCCACUUACCAGUGGCCCCCAAUAUUUGCUAAUGAAGUUUGUGACAAUAUUUCAGUUAGCAGGAACAUGAUUUCAGUUUCAAAUGUUACCAUAAGCAAUUCCGGGUCCCAUGAAUUCAGGUCUUCUGAAUCGAGGGAUGAAAAUGACGGUCCACUUUCCCAACCAACUAGUUGUGCAAGAUACAUGCUUUUUGGGGUCAAUUUGGCCAAUAGUCACCCGGAGCUCCCUUCACCACAAGUUGCCACUUAUUGUGAGCUUUCAAGUCCUUGUUCUUUCCCCCCAACAUCUGAGUCUUGUGUUUCUGAAACUAUCCAGGUUUCAGAGUCCUCUAAGAAUAGCCCUUGCAUUCUUCUGAAGAAACAAUGCGAGAAUUGUUCUGUCACUAACAGAAGUUGCACAAAGGUUCUCAAGCAUGGAACUGCUCUCGGUAGAUCAGUUGAUCUUGUGCGUUUCAAUGGGUAUGAUGAACUCAUUUCUGAGUUUGACGAGAUGUUUGAUUUCAAAGGAAGCUUGAUUGAUGGAAGCAGUGGGUGGCAUGUAACCUACACUGAUUAUGAAGGAGAUAUGAUGCUGAUAGGAGAUUGCCCCUGGCAGGAAUUUUGCUUCAAUGUGCAAAAAAUGUUCAUCUGCCCAAAGGAUGAAAUUGACAAGCUGAUUCAAACUCAAGAGAUCCAACUCACCUCUAGUUGCUCAUUGUCAAGGUUAAUUAUGUCGUCUUUCUCAUCCAUCAACUUAGAUAAAUGAGAGAGAGAGAGAUAGAUGGUGUCAGAGCAUUAUGUGAAAAUAUGUCUAUGCAGUUAUAUGAAGACGUGGGAUGAAAAAUAUACACAGUAUAUGUAAUGCAGCUAUGCUUGUCAUGUGAACGCUGCAGGGUGUUGUUUCUAUGGACGAGGUUGUUUGUUGUUGUACUUGUACUGCUUGUAGAGUAAUAAUGCUUUAUUUAUCUGAGGACACAAAUAAUAAUGCUUUAUUUAUUGCCGUCCAAAAAAUUCCAACUAUACUUUGCAAUAGAAAGCCAUCCUCUCCUCAAGUAUUUAUGUUUCCUAGGGAAACUUAUUAUUUGUGUCCUCAGGUUACGCUUGGUGGGUUCA